UAGAUGCACGCCCGCGGGUCCAGGUCUUCGAGUUCAGGUCUUCGAGUUCAGGGAAGCGGCUGCGGCGGACGUCUUAUCAUUCAGCUGGCGUUUACGCACAGCCCGAGCACCGAUGGCCGCGAAGCAUGUCAAGCCCAACUUCAGUCCGUCUCAGGUGUCCGAGAUGGUGGAGAGGCUCUUCGGGCGGACGCCAUCGGAAAUCCGCUCGCUGCCCAGCUACGAUGACCAGAACUUCCACGUGGCGGCUGCGGGCGGUGGCGAGUACGUCCUGAAGAUCAUGAACUCGGCGGACAGCGGGAGCCCCGUCCUGAUCGAGCUGCAGACAUGCGCCAUGUCUUUCCUGAACCGCAGCGGACUUCCUGCCCAAACAGCCCUGCCCACGACCUCAGGGCAGCUCAUGAGUCUGGAGGAAAUUGAUUGUGGCUACGGCUGUCAGAAGUACCUGGUGCGGCUGUUGACUUAUUUGCCCGGAACUACAAUUUCCAAGGUUUCUUACACACCGCAGUUAUUGUAUGAAACCGGCAAGACAGCAGCCACAAUGGACAAAAUCCUGCAAGAGAUGGAACACCCUAAUCUUAGCGUUCUGCAGAGGGAGAAGUUCAUAUGGAGUCUCUCAAACAUUACCCUUCUGGAAACAUACAUCGAUAUAUUGGAUGGAGAUCCUCUUCAGGAGGUUAUAAAGUCUGUCAUUCAUCAGUACAAGACCUCUGUGCUCCCGAAAUACUCCAGUUUCCGCAAGUGCAUUAACCACGGUGACUUCAAUGACCUCAACGUGCUUGUGCAACCUGAUGAGAGUGGUGGCUACAAGAUUUCUGGCAUCCUUGACUUUGGGGACAUGCACAGUGGCUACUACAUCCAUGAGCUAGCCAUCACUAUCAUGUACAUGAUGAUGGAGCACCCUAAUCCCAUUGAGGUGGGUGGACCUGUCCUUGCAGGCUGGGAAAGUGUCCUUCCCCUCAACAAGGCAGAGAAAGAAUGUCUGUAUGUGCUGGUGCUGUCCCGCUUCUGCCAGUCUAUGGUUUUAUCUCGUUACACUGUGACCUUGCAUCCAGAAAAUGCAGAGUAUCUGAUGAUUUCAUCCAGGAAGGGCAGACCCAUUCUCCGUCAACUCUGGGAGCUCGGAGCGGAGCAGGUGGAGAAGGUGUGGUUUCAGAGUGCUGUUCAGUUCAGUGACAGGACAUGAGGAGUAUGUGAGGGAAGCCAUUCACAAAUUUCAAUGCACAAUAGAAUGAUCGACUGAGCCUUUUUUCCAAAUAAAUUGCCUUUUUUAGGAUCACCGGUUGAAAAUGAUAGAUUGUAUUUUCACAGUUAAAAUAAUUCACAUAUUACCCAUGAUAUUGAAACAUAUUGAAAUAGGGACACUGCAGUGUGUCUGAAUUGGAGAUGGGUAGUUUAACAAAAACUGUAUGCAACAGGAAGUACUGAUAAUGAAUGGUAACAAUGGAUAAUGUGCUGUAAAAGCAAAAGUCAUGAAACUGAAUGACAAGCACGAGAGCAUGUAGGACAGAGUGCUGCAUAGCGAGUAACACUAUCAUGUAUAAUGAGGAAACACCAAAGGCAGGGUGAAUAUUUAAAAACUCAGAGUAGCAAGUCAAAAAUUCACAAUAGAAAAAUAAGACAAUAAUAGAAAAGUGAAGUGUGAAAAAAGAUAGUAAAACACUAAAAUAGAGAUUGAUCGAAGUGAGUAAAACCAGAAAUAAAAAGGUAGGUUACUAAAAGGAACCAAAAUUAAUUAUAUAGCCUUUAGACGAGCAUUCAACCAUGCUUACAAUAAGAUUCUCUAUGGGUAAGAUAAGAUUUGAGGCAAUAAAAGCAGUAACAGAGAGGCCAAUCAGACUGAAGUCUGUCUAAAAGAUUUGAGUGUUCCAUGGUAGCAAAGGCUCUGUUAAAGUCAAGUAGUACUAAUACGGAGGGUUUUUUCAUAUCCAUGUUGGACCAAACACUACAGUAUAAAUACAUAAGGUAAAACUUUGUUUUUUCAUCUGGUUUUCUUCUGGUUUGCCAGGCAAAAGGACAAAUUUUAUGCUCAGGUCACAUUGAGUCAGGUUGACUAAAUUGCAAUAACUCAUAGGUUCAGAUUAGCAGUCCUGCAAUAUUGUCUGUUGUCCAUACAUUGGGAAAUUUACUUUACCAAAACUUUUAAAAUGUCUGGUUGAUACUUUAACUGGAUCCAAAUGUUAACGGUUUAAUACUUUAUACCGUUCAAUAAUCUCUCAAUAAACAAAAAAACAAUUUCUUAGAGA